AUGACCUCUCUCUCUCUCUCUCUCUCCUCUCUCUCUCUCUCCCUCUCUCUCUCCUCCCUUCCCUCCCUCUCUCCCUCUCCCCCCUCCCUCCCCUCCCCCUCUCUCUCUCCUCUUUCCCUCCCUCUCCCCUCUCUCUCUCCUCUUCCCCCCUCCCCCUCUUCCUCUUCCCCUCCCCUCUUCCCCUCUCUCUCCCCUCUCCCUCUCCCCUCCUCCCUUCCCUCCCUCCUCCCCUCUCCCUCUUUCCCUCCCUCUCCCCUCUCUCUUCCUCUCUCUUCCCUCCCUCCCUCUCCCCCUCUCUCCCUCUUUCCCUCCUCCCCUCCUAUAUCCCUCUCCCUCCCUCUCCUCUUUCCCCCUCCCCCUUCCCCUCUUUCCCCCCUCUUUCCCUCCCUCUUUUCCCUCCCCUCUCUCUCCCUCUCUCUCUUUACACAAGAUACCAUAUUGACAAUACGUGUUUUGUUUCUCCUCUUCCCUGGGCGAACCGAGUGUUUAGUCUCAACACACUCACUCACUCAAGCAUGUACUUACUCAGUUACUCUCUCACACACAGACACUCACUACAGAUAA